AUGACUCUUUGCGAUGAGAUCGAGGGUGGAUGUUAUCUUCCUCACCAUGCUGUUUUCAAGGAGUCCAGUGAAACCACUAAAGUUCGAGUAGUGUUCGACGCGUCGGCUAAAACGUCUACGGGCAUUUCGCUCAACGACACUCUUCUGGUCGGUCCCACUAUCCAGAAUACUAUAUUCGAACAAGUCCUUCGAUUUCGCACUCAUCGUUACGUCAUCACAGCGGACAUUGAGAAAAUGUACCGUCAAAUACUAGUUUAUCCAGACGAUCGACAAUUCCAAAAGGUCUUGUGGCCUUAUCAGGGACAACUUCGAACUUUUCAGCUUAACACUGUGACUUUUGGCACAGCCGCUGCUCCUUUCCUAGCAAUUCGUACGAUCCAACAACUUGCUCGCGAUGAAGCGCACGAUUUUCCACGUGCCAGUAAACUCCUCCUCCGCGAUUUUUAUGUCGAUGACUUCAUCUCAGGUGCAAAUUCCUUGGAUGAUCUCUUAACUAUCCGUGAUGAGAUGACUGCUCUACUGUCCCGUGGCGGUUUCGUUAUCCGUCAAUGGUCAUCCAAUCAUCGUUCAGUUUUAGAUAAAAUCGAUAAAAGGUCCUUCGACUUAGAUUGCUUGAUCAAAGAUGAUCCAGUCCAGAAAACUUUGGGUAUUAUAUGGGAUGCCCAAAACGAUCUGUUGCAGUACACUUUGAAUCAGGUUGAUCCUAACGUUGUUGCAACUAAACGCAAACUCCUCUCAGAAUUGUCAAAGAUCUUUGAUCCCCUAGGACUUUUGGGCCCUGUAACUCUAUUCGCCAAAGUCUUGAUUCAAGACUGCUGGAAGGCGAAGAUCACAUGGGAUGAGUCUCUUCCUCAAGAUGUUCACACAAAGUGGAAAUCGUUAGCGCUCCAAUUGCCAAGACUGCAAGAAGUCUCGUUUUCUCGACAAAUCCUGACCUCAAAUCCCUCUCGCAUCGAGAUCCAUGGAUUUUGCGACGCCUCGAGUCACGGAUAUGGGGCUUGUCUAUAUCUCAAAUCCAGCAAUUCCCAAGGGGAUGUUUUAAUCAAACUAGUCUGCAGUAAAUCUCGCGUAGCACCGCUGAGUGGAAUUACAAUUCCUAGAUUGGAACUUUGCGCAGCCACCAUUCUCAAAAGGCUAUACCUUGAGGCUAAAGCUCAGUUCGAUUUUCCCAUCGAUCAGGUGUAUUUAUGGUCUGACUCCACUAUCGUUCUUUGCUGGCUUAAGAAAGCUCCUCAUCUCUUAAGGACUUUCGAAUCAAAUAGAGUGGCAGACAUCCAAACGUUAGGUGAUCAAGUUAGCUGGAGACACGUCCGGUCCGAGGACAAUCCAGCUGACGCGUUAUCUCGAGGACAACUUCCUUCAGAAUUUGUCAAGUAUUCUCUAUGGACUUCAGGUCCUAGAUGGCUAGCUCUGGAUGAAUCCCAAUGA